GGUAACCACUUGUUAAUCUGUAUUCUAGUGCAACAUCUUGUAAUGAGAACUACAAGUAAGUAAGUAGCUAAUAUUUAUGAGCAGAAUAACUGACUUGCCUAAAAGAGGCUGACUUGCCUAUCAAAAAACAGCAUUGAGCUCAUUGGCAAUCAAUAGUGGUUUUAGAAUUAGUAAACAAAGGAUUAGUUCAUUUAGAGGCUAGCAUAUAUACAGGUGCUUUUUAAAUUGUUGUUCGGUUAUGUCCCCGGUAAUGGGACACUGGAUACCACCAUCCUAUCUUGAGUUACGUUCUGGCUGUGUUCUUAAAUUAAACUCUACUAUUGGAGCCAAGUUAAAAAGGAAAGAAGACAAAAUUUCCGAUCCCUUACUAGAAUGUUCUCGACAGCUGUUGGAAUUGCCAUGAAAUAAAGCUCUUUGAUCCCGUUUCAGGGCAACUGAUCUUCUAUUGACAUAAACUGGUGCACUCAAGCCUCUUCAUGGCCAGUGUUGUCCCAUCAGUAGCAUCCUCGAAAGAGACGACCAAUUACUCUCGUUUGUGUCGCCUUCUGGUUGAUAUUUGUUCUCAGGCCCUAAGAGACACAUUCGAUGGUAUUCAUGCGUCCGGAAGUCUUCACACAGUUUUGGCCAGUCGCCCUGUUCACAGUACUCUUCAAGCCCUUUUCAAAGGGAAGAAAAAGAUCUUAAACCCAGCACAGUGGUGCAAAUUGUAUCCUGCCAUAGCAUCUUCUGUGUCUUCGGCAACUUUUGAUAUCACACUUUUGAUGGUUCUCCUUAGAAAUAUAUGCGAUUUGAGACCUCCAGCAAAUGGCUGGGGCAACCUUCCAUCUGAAGAAGACAAGAGUCUUGAGGCUGACAUUGUCCGCAUAAAGUAUUUCAGAAAUACUGUGUAUGCCCUUGCAGCGCAGGCCUCUGUUAAUGAUGCAACAUUCAACACCCAUUGGCAGAACAUCCGAGCAGUACUGGUGAGAUUAGGGGGAGCCAAGUAUGAAGAUGCAAUUGACAAAUUGAAGACUGAGUGUAUGGACCCUCUUAUUGAGGAACACUUUAAAGAGCUUCUACAGCAAUGGAAAAAGGACGAGUAUGUCAUUAAGGAACAGCUGCGUGAAAUGGGAGAAGAUAUAAAGUAUGUCAAGGAGGCAUUAAGAGUCGCUUUAAGUAAGCAUGGGGAGGAGGAGGUACACCCUGAAAUUGAACAUAGAAGGCAACCUGGCAGCGAAUGUGUCACCGGUGCACCGGAGGCCACAGGAUCUAGAAUUGGAACCACAGGAGGAGCACAGCCAACCAGGUUGCUCUGUCAAACGGAAAAAAAUUUCACGAGUCAGACUGCAGUGAAAAGUGAAGUAGAAGGCUCAUCGCCUGUUCCAUCACGGAGGACCUCAGCACAGAGAGAGCGGGCUCACAAUCCAGCGCACAGCUCAAAAAAUGAACGCGACACUGAAGUAUCGCACCAGGGGAAGGCGCCUCACGCAGAUGUGAAACGUGAUGAUAAUGGUAAAUGUGAUCAGUGUUUGCUGGAAGGUACGAUCAUUUGCAUACACUGUCACAGAAUUGUUUGUAGAAAGUGCAGGCAGAUCUAUGUGACCGAUCUUUGCGGUGCGACUAAAGGUGACCAUGUGUUUGCGGAUUUGAAAGACAACAAACAGAGGUAUACUAAAUCUGUUGAUUCCAGAGCUUCUUCGUCCCAGCCUCAUACAAACAUGAAUGGAGGGUCUGUAAACGAAGAUAAUAAUUGGUCUUGUUCUGAUACAAGGGGACUUGCUGUGGUCACCCAGAGGAGUACGGUACUUCUAUCAAGUAAAGUUUUACCUAAUACUAAUGGAUAUCAUUCCAAGAGUUCUCCAAGAACGGUGACACGCGUGCAUGUGUCUGCUUCUGGGGAUGCCAGGUAUGCUAACGUUAAAGACAUCAGCAGCUACUCUGGUCAGAAGUCGAUAUCGAACGAAUCGGAUAAACGUAUGUCCACAAGGGAAAGUGCGAGACUGCAUGACCGCAGAGAUGCAAAAUACGGACCAACUGGCACUUCUUCCUGUGAACCGAUGGAAGUAGAACAAAGAGAAAAUUCUCGUGUGAGUCGGAAUGAUGCCACUUUUCAACACAACGGGAUGGCAGAGGGGACAUAUGGAAAAACCACAGUUCAAUCAGGAGUUACAGAUUUAAACGCCACAUUAAGGCAGCAGUUAACCAUUGAGUCUAAUGUUCGCUCAGCUGGCAAAGAAUCUAAACAGGUCAGUAGUACGUCCAGUGAACAUAGAAGGCAGCCUGGCAGCGAACGUGUGACUGGUGCACAGGCCACAGGAUCUAGAGCUGGAACCUUGAGGGGAGCACAGCCACCUAGGUUACUCUAUCAAAUUGAAAAUAAUGUAACUAAUAAAGGAGCUACCCGUAAGAGCGGAUCCAGUGCAGCUGACCUUAAGGAUCAUAGUACAGCGAAACCUGAAUCAAAAGGUUCACCACCUGGUCCGUCACGGCGGACUUCAGCACAGAAAGACCAAACUCCAGGGACCAGUUCAAAGAAUGAUCCUCAAAAUGAAAUAUCGCGUGAAAAACGUUUUCUUGAAAAAGGUACUCAAGGUGCUGCUGUUUGCGAACUGUGUGGAUUGCAAGGUAUAAUUGUUUGCAAAUACUGUCUGAUAAUUGUUUGCAUAGAGUGUAUGGAAAUCUAUGCCACCGAUCUUUGCAAAACAACCAAAGGGCAACACGCGUUUGUAAGGUUGAAGGACAUCAAAACAUCAGGUUAUUCCAAAGCCUAUUCCAGCCAAGAGUCUGGCAAUACAAAUAAAGCCUCUGGGGAUGGGAAAAAAGAUUGGCCAUGUUCCCGAUGUACCUAUCUGAAUGAUCCAGAACACAGAAUAUGCAUCGUCUGUGGCGCAACUCGUGGAAUUGGCGUUGUAGAAAGCGCAAAACCUGGGAGCAGAGUAUGCAGGAAUUGUACUCUACACAAUGAAGAGACAGCAGCGGUGUGCACAGCCUGCCACAGCCCAUUGACCAAAAGUAAGACGGUUUUGUAGAGAAGAGCGUGGUAGUUCGAUCUCGACAUGACAAUUGAAAAAAGUUGCAGACAUAAAAUGUAAUGUAAACUGGUACCUAAUCUCAGUUCAUUGUUCCAGAUUUUCCCAAGGAUAGAAAAACAUUUCCUUUCGUCAGUUAGUUUAAGCGUCCAAAACAGGCUGGAAGUAGAGUCUAGGGCAUGUCAUAACCAGGAGAACGCAAAAGCGUAUAGUGAUAUCUAAAAUUAAUCAAUCGCGAGGUAAGUGUUGUAA